AUGCAACCACUUAUUACUACUCGUGAAGGCCAAGUAAGAUUUAGAAAUGGGCUAAUUGAACAUUACGGAUGCUUUUGCUUUGUAACCAACUCUGCUUUAGCUGUCGAGGCUGCACAUGUUAAACCAUAUCGUUUAGAAAGAGAUAAUGGAUUGGAUAAUGGUGUCCUUUUAGCUUCUGAUUGGCAUUUUUUGUUUGAUUCCCAUGAUUGGACUAUAGUAGUAAACGAUAUUCAAAAUCAAAGAUUCUUCCGUGUUGUUUUGGGAAAUAGAAUGUUAAUAGAACCAAGAUACCACUCUUAUAACAAUAGAUAUUUGGGAGCUGAAAAUAGAAGUAUCUUUUCCCAAUUAUCAAACGAAUAUGGUUUAAAUCCCGAUAACUUUUUUGAACACAAUCAAAAUUUUAGAGCAAAAAAUCCUAAUAUUCCUUUAUAA